AUGGGUCUUUGUCAAGGACCUAGAACAGAAGACGGCACUCGUUACAGAAUUAGGAACCGACCCAUUCCCUUAAAGCCUCGCCCCUCAGCCGGUAAGGGCUUCCCCGGUUCUAAUAUCGGGUUUCAUUUCCCUUCGCGGGCGGCGGCGGCGAGGCCCCGCCGGAGGGGAGAGCCCUGCGAGGCGCGUGCCCCGCGCCCCGCGCCUCCUGAGGCGGGCCCGGAGCUCUGUGGGAAGCAGGGACGCGCCGUCCCGCCGCUGGGCGGGGCCACCUCUCCCGCCCCGCCGCUGCUGCGCGGCCGCGGGGAAACCCGCCAGCGCCGCGCCGGCUUCCCACCCGCGCCCCAGCCCCCGCCGCGCAGCCUCGAGCGGGGCCACGUGGCGGCCCGGCCCGCGCCUCCCUCCCCGCCCAGGACUCACGGCGCCGGAGCUGUCGGGCCGGCUAGCUCCUGCCUCGCCGACUCCCGCCCAGCUCGGUCGCGGCCGGCCGGCCCGCGAUCCCUAUGGGAACCGCCCCCCGCUCUGGCCUGGCCAGGGCGGGGCCGCAGCGCCCCGGCCUCCCUCCCGGACCCGGUCGCCGUCCUUGCUGCGGCGAAAGGCCCUGGGGGGCUGCCUCGGAGCCCGGGAGAAGCUGUUCUGGACGUGGGCCCGGGUCCCUGCACGUCCCUCUGCCGGGGAGAGGAGGCCUGCAAGAUUGCAAACUCCAGCAGGUCGUGGAAGAUGCAGCUCUGGCAGAGUCUGCCGGGAAGACGCCUGCGCUAG